AUGAAGCAACCAAAGGUGCCGCUCACGCCAUAUCGUGAUUUAGCCUACCGUGUCAGGCAGUUAAAGCCCAUCUUAAACGUUAUCAAACGUCAACUACGCAUUAUUGUAUACAUCUAUCGUAUCAGCACCAAGAAUGUCAUCAAAGCAAUACGAGCAAUCUUCCUUCAAAGGUCAACUAUCGUGGUCGCUAUUUUCGCCUAUCUUUGCGAAGUGGUACCAAAUCUCUUAAAGAAUGCAACGAAACAUCUUUUUGAAUUAAAGGCGAAAGGAUUUCUGAGCGAAGCAUGGCAGAUAAUUAUUGCCCCAUUACAAGCCGAUCGUCUGCCUAUCUUUAUGAUUCGCUUAGUGGCAACUUUGAAUGCCAUGAAUCCAAUAUUUAUGAAGCUUUUGUAUCCUUAUGUUGAUGGAGAAUAUUUUCUUUUCACAACGACAUUCCUUGCUGGUUUGGUGUCAUCAAUUUUGAAUUUUCCUAGGUUUCAAGAACUCAAGAUCGAAGAAGACAAGUUUUACACUUUUGAUUGGACGUGUAUAUUGGUCACAAAGGCGAUUGAUACGGUAAUAUCCACCACAGUUUCUCCUCAUGUGUCGGCUCAUACAAAUGACUUGAUAGACUUGCUGGUCAUUUUGGUUUCUACAUAUUGCGUCAUGACUGCUUGGUGGUUCAAACCUGACAAACUUAGUCCUCAAAUGGUGAAUUGGAUUACAAAAAUGACUCGUAUAGAUCCAAGUGUACAAAAGGGAGUACAGGAGUUACACGAGGGCACAGUGAGUUACACUACACAAGAAGCCUCCCCCGAGCAAGACAGCUUCCAGAGUUUUGCGGCUCUGAGAGGAAAGAAUUCAAAGUUGGGAGAUUUAACACAACACGAAAAACUUCCCUGCGAGGUUUUACAUGAGUUUACAACACACAGCUGCCUCAAACACACCUUUGACAUUUUUGUAUCCCAGUUUAUAUCCAGUUUAAGAUUCUACUCCUACGUCAAUUUAUUCACAUUUGUCUUUUUCAGAGGCUUUAGAGGUAAUAUGAGGAAAGUGUGUUUGAAAACAAUCAAGUCGUCAUUGUUUGUUAGUUCGUUGACUACAAUACAUUGGGGGUGCAUAUGUUUUAUACGAAACCAUCAUCCCAAAUGGUUUGGACAAAAAUAUUGGGACAUUUUGGGUAUCAAGAUUGGAUCAGCUCUUGCUGGAUUGAGUGUGUUGUUUGAAAGUGCCAAAAAACGUCAAGAUUUGAUGCUAUUUGUAACACCAAAGGCUUUGGGUACUUUUUUUGAUGCAGCCGAUAGCACUAAAAGAAGACAGUUGGAGACUGCUGCUUUUAGUUUUAGUUUUGCAAUAUUAGUGGCUUUUGCUCGACUGAGUCCAGCAAGAUUGAGAGGUGUCGUUGGUAAAGGAUUGAGCUACAUGGUAAUGUGA